CUGUUUACGUUUAUCAAACUUACGUCAGGCUUAUGGUACUUUCGUUUGGAUUUAUUGACCGUAGGUAAAUCGUAUUUGAAGUACUGUCAGUGUGGGUACAGUGGGGUUGAGGACAGUGGAAGCCGUGUGUUCGGCUCGGUCACGGUCGCGGAAGGUGAUAACAGUCUCCUCCGCAUCUGGACCAGGCACCAAAACUAGCUGUGCUAACUGCAAACGUCAACCGCUAGCUUGCUUGCUAGCAUCCAGCCCAACUCCAGUUCACCUGCCGGGGAAAUGGCUUCUAACAUGGAGCGUAAAUACAACCUCAAGAGUCCAGCGGUGAAGAGACUGAUGAAGGAAGCGGUGGAGCUGAGAGAGUCCACAGAGCACUACCAUGCUCAGCCACUAGAGGACAACCUGUUCGAGUGGCACUUCUCCGUGCGAGGCCCCCCGGACUCGGACUUUGAUGGGGGGGUGUACCACGGCCGGAUCGUGCUGCCUCCAGAGUACCCCAUGAAGCCCCCCAGCAUCAUCCUCCUCACUCCAAAUGGGAGAUUUGAAGUUGGGAAGAAGAUUUGUCUCAGCAUUUCCGGCCACCACCCAGAGACAUGGCAGCCGUCGUGGAGCAUUCGAACGGCUUUGUUGGCCAUUAUCGGAUUCAUGCCAACGAAGGGAGAAGGGGCAAUUGGAUCUUUGGAUUAUACCCCUGAAGAGAGGCGAGCUCUGGCCAAAAAAUCCCAGGACUUCUGCUGUGAGGCGUGCGGCUGCUCCAUGCGCUCUGUACUCCUGACUGUCUCUCCUAACAGCAGCCGCAGCCCUGAGGUCCAAAAGGCUCAAGAACUGGCUCAGCAAAUCAGCUUCAAGGCUGAGGCAAACGUGUCCAGACAGGCUAGUGAGGAUAAUCCACCUGCUCUGGCUGUAAUGGACCUCCCUGAACCUGUGGCUGUUCUGCCUGAAUCUGCAGCACCCGAGAGUGAGCCUGUGACAUUGCCUCCUGAGUCUGAGGUGCCCCACCCAGAGCAGGUGGAGCCAUCAGCAGCACCCCUUGGGAGGCCCCUGAGCCCCCGGCAGAGGCGUCAGCAGCAGCAUAGUCGUCAGGCCCAGAGAGAGCCCAGCCGCGCAGCCUUCACUGGUCCUCGCCAGGCUCCUGACAGCCACACAGGUUCUGCUGUGCUCAUUGUGCUGCUCACUUUGGCCCUGGCCACUCUCAUCUUCCGCAGGAUCUACUUGGCUCAGGACUACAGGCUGGAUUUGGACCUGUGACAAUGCCCCUUUGACUCAGAUGGGUCAACAUUUAUUUUAUGAACUUUAAAAAUUUAUAUGAACUGAAGCUCCACGCAGCUCUUUUAAUACAGUGCUCUUUGACCUUUAGUUAAUUAAAAGUGAUUGAUUAACAGCUGGUGAAAUGGUUCUGUGGGACUUUUUAGCUUCUUUUAUGCUCCUAUCAUUCACCUUUCUGUUGCAUCAAAAUUGUAUUUUACAAAUGUACCGUUCAUCAUUUUAACCAAAUGAACAUUGGUUUUGGAGUAAUUCAUGUCCAACUAAACUUUUUAAUGAUAAAUAUUCUGACAUUUGACAGAACUUUACAUGAGAAACAGAAAGCGGGGACCAGCUAGAUUAAGUAGAGGAAAAAAUACAUACUUUCUGUGUGUUUAAACCCUGACAUUGUCACUGUGAGAACCUCAGUCUAGCAGUGGUGUGUGGAACUCUGAUGGUUCUACUGCUACAGAAGAACUUAUAAUAAAUGAACAAAAAACU